GUUGGGGUAUCUUUCGCUUUGUCCUCGGCUAGCUUCGUUACUCUUACCUGUAUUAUACCUAUUGACUUGUGAGGUACCCGAAGACGAGACCGGAUAAUCGAUUUCCUUGCUGAACAACGCCGACACCUAAUAUCUCGAUCAGCACUGCACCUACCUACUUGAUUCAUCUCGAACGAUGGACUCCGAGUCACCUCCGCUAUCACCUCUCAUCUCUCACGCGACUCGUCGAGAAGCAGUGGACAGACAACGAAAGGCUCGACGUUCUUCUUCAGACAUUCAAUCUAAGGACCUUCAUGUGACCUCUAGCCGUGACCUCGCACGCUUGCUGGUCAACGGAGAGCGUGAAGCAAACGAGCUUCGGAAGAUGGUCCUCACUGUGACUGAGCAGUUGAAGGAAGAGUCUCAGCGCGCAGAUGAGAACGAGAGACGGGCCAGAGAGGCUCUCUUCCGAUUCAAAUCUGCAGAUGAAGCCAGAGUGGCCGCACUACAGGACGCCGCAAGGGCAACGGAAGAGUUACGACUAUACAAGAUUCAGCUCGAGUAUGCCCAGAAAGAGAUCUAUAGAGCCCAGGAGGUAUUGAACUCUAUCGAGGAGCAGCGCUUCGAUGCUGAGGCCAGCGCAGCAAGAGCACGUACCACGGCUAGGCAAAUCAAGGAGGAGAGACUUAUUGACUUGGCCAGGGAGGAAGGUAGGAGGUUGGGCCUUCAGGAAGGUCUCACGAGAGGACAACAACUUGGAUUCACCACAGGACGCUAUGCGGGGUAUGAGCAGGCGCGGAGCGAUACCAGUCGUCCCGUCUAUGCGGACGACGAACAGCUAGAAGAGGAACCCCCCUAUGAGCCACCUAUCGACCAGCCAGAGGAAGAUCAGGGCCUUACUCCCAUUGAAGAAGACAUGAUCAAUUUUCCACCACCACCACCUCCUCCACAACGCGCCACACCACCUAGUCCUCCACCUCCGCCACCUCACGACUCUCCCCGCUCUUCUCGCGCUCCGAUAAUCGUUGUCGAACAGCCAUCUAGACAACCUACUCCGGUACACAAUAUAAUGUCUCCGGUCCGACACCCGGCAAACGCGAUCCCCCCUGACAACUGGAUUCCCCGUGUCGAUGAGGACAGCCAAAUUCGACUUCCUCCACCACACGAGAUGCAGGUGGCACCUCCCACGCCUGAAGCCCUCCGUCCUCUUGUCCCAGAGGAAGACCCUCCACUCAUGGUUCCCAAUCCGGCAUCUCGUAGAUCCUCAACUUAUUUUAUCCCACCUGAACAACACCCACAGGCUCGUCGCGAACACCGCCAGCACCGUCAGCACCGGCCUGCGCGCGUCUCUUCCCCUGAGAGCCAAGGGUCAACCACUAUCUCUCAGUUCGAGUUGGUUAGCGAGCCUUAUGGGACUUCUUCUAGUCAGAUGCGUGGAAGUCAUCUAAGCCCUAUUCCGGAGGCUAUGAGUAGCCAUACAACCCCUGCGUACGGAACUCGCAGCAUCUCAAGUUCUCGCCCAGGGUCUGUGGCACCCCAAGGCUCAGGCCGUGGUAGUCCUAAUCCCGUCCCGAUGAACGUCCCGGUUCCGCAAGUAGCUCAACCGACUUUCGCAAACUCUGACGAUCGAGACAGCCACCAUAUAUAUCGUCGCCCAAGCAUGUCUUCUACCAGUUCUUCACGCAAGAGUGAGACGCCUUCCCGGACGCCGUUAGGUUCUUCCGGCACCUUACGCCGCAAAAGUUCAUCGUCUGUUCCGGACAUCACAAUUCAGCCGCCGUCUCGCCCUUCUUCACAGACGCCACAGCAAACGCCUGUUCCGUUUACGGGCGAAUUCCUUACCCCCGAGACUGCUGCACGAAUGCCUUUACCUCCCGAUCCAGCACCACCCCGUCAAACGCCAUCCGUAGAUAAAAGUCCUGCCCCGCACAUGUCUUACUCCACCUACUCGCCAUCCACCGAACCUCGACCCUUGCCCGCAGACGGGCAACUGCCGCCUGGUUUCAUACCGAUCGGAGGAACAAUGCCCAGCGCCCCGUCGCCCUCCCAACACUCACCUAGGGCCAACGCCACCAACUUGCCUGGGAUGUCACCCCUCUAUCAGUCUCAGUCCGAAAACAGCUGGGGCACGCCACAAGUCCCUGUCGCGUUUCCAACAGCCCCAGUAGCGCUGGCAUACCCUACAGCGCCCGUCAUACCAGGCGAAAAUGUCGAUAUACCAGGUCAGGGCACCCGUUCGAGGAGAAACAAAUCACGGCUUGAAUCUGACCCGACUGUUCCAUCUACGAGCUCGACCGCCAGAUCCUCAGUCGUCGUACCUGCCCCGAGCCUCCUUGGACGACCCGAGCCAAGCUCGUCCGACUCCGAAGAUAUAGCCGUUCGAUCUGAUAUCGCAAGCUCCGACGAUACUCUUACCACGCCUCCUCCCUCCCACCACGCUCGUCGUGCCCCGACCACUGCUUCCAGCAAAACAAGGAGCAAGAAAUCAUCCUCUUCUUCCAAGGGUGCGAAAACGCCUAAGAGGCAGGCUUACGCGGUUGCAGACUUGCCUCCAGGCCUUCAAUACCCAAGUUCGCCGAUUGCGGGAGGGGCAAGGUUGCCCGGGACGCCUGGUACGACGACAUCGGUUGCGGCGGCGAGGGUACCAUUGCCUUCGUCUAGUUCGGCGGGAACGGCGAGGACAGUGAGGUCGCAUGCCACUGCCGGCGCAAGGGAUGCUUUGAAUGGGAAUGCAGGGAUGACUCCGGGAAUGCGGAGCGCAUCUCUGCGUGGAGGUGAAGGGAAGAGCACGAAGCUUGUCGGAGUACUGAUCGACUUUUGCUUUGGUAGCGUUAGCGACUUUUAG